AUGAUGGACAACUUCAAGCUGUACCACCAGGGCCAGCAGGACAGUGGCAAGAAUCCCGUCGUUCUCGACGUCAUGCCACCCCACUAUACCCAAAGCCUCCACCAGAACCGCCAAAACAGCAGUCCGCCCGAUUCGCCGAACCCAUCUAACUCACAAUAUCUUAAAGAAUGCCAUCGAUCCGAGUCUCCAGAUUCUAAAUUGAAUUCAUCGUCAUCGUCGAUGAACCAGAAUGAUCCGAACAUCAGGAGAUACCGAACAGCAUUCACCCGUGAUCAAUUGGCGCGUUUGGAGAAAGAGUUCUUUAAGGAAAAUUACGUCUCGAGACCGAGAAGGUGUGAGCUGGCUGCCCAACUUAACCUACCCGAAUCUACGAUAAAGGUAUGGUUUCAAAACAGGAGGAUGAAGGAUAAGAGACAACGGAUGGCAAUAGCGUGGCCAUAUGCAGCGGUUUACACUGAUCCGGCAUUUGCGGCAUCCUUGUUGCAAGCGGCAGCUUCGACGUUACCGUUACACUACCCGCCGCCUCCACCGCACGUCUAUCCACCCCAUUACCACGCACGGUAUCAUCCUUAUCAGACGUUCGGCGGCCUCCAGACGCACGGACCGCUCCCGAAUUCAGCGGCUGCUGCUGCAGCCGCGAUGCUUAACCAUGUGAUCCCUCAACCACCGCCGCCUCCUCCGCAUCCAUCGCAGCUCGCCGUCCAAGGACUCAACCUGAACCUGGGCCUCGACUUCCACGGAUAUCCGAAAAUAUCGCCGCGCGCCUCUCCCGCCUCAGCAGCCUCUGAGAUCAGCCUCAGUCCGGCGCCCGAAGGCCUAUUGAUCCCUGCCACGAAGCUGCAUGCGACGACGACGGCCGCCGCCCCCGCACUCACCAGCGCCUCGCCACCCCCGUUGCCGCCGUCGACGCACAUAACCCAAGACAAACCCAAAUUAUUCAAACCUUACAAAUCUGAAUCCUAA